AUGGAAAUGAGAAGCCGGGCUAUACUAGAGGACUGUACGUGUACGAGUAAUCAGAGUGCGCUCCAAAAGCGUCCAAGGUGUCGCCGUCAGCGAAGCGGGCAUCAAGGCGGGCCUCGCGGCAUCGCCAGAGUGGCACCGAUGGAAUCCCUCGCAGGGAUGAGGUCAAGUCAAGAGCGUGUCCACUGGCCCUGCCUGGCCGCUGCAUCCAUCCAUCCAAGCCAUCCAUCCACUCCAUCCCAGCCCGGCGCGCGACAGGGGCCCCGUCCUUGGUGGGACCGCCCACGAGGCCGUUCUCGAUCUCGCCCGGCCGAGGGGCCAAGACGAUGCACGCGAUGGGUUAAAAAGAAUCCAGCCUUGACUUGA